GUCACAACUGUCACAUGCUCAUAUGAAGAGGUUAUACGUUACUCGAUAUAAGCCUCUAACAAAAGUAACGAGUACGUACGUGACUUUUAGGCAAAUUGCCCAAUCAAUAAAUCAUAAAUGCUGGCCAUAGGUCUAUUUGCUUUCAAGUUUCACCUUAUAACGUAACGUUACAUCCUUUGAACAUAAAGAACUUCUACCGGUAUCGAUACAAACUAUCGAAAAUACUUUUGCCUUGGUUCAUAUAACCUCAAAGGCGAAAAAUCAAAACAAAAUCCUUUGCUUGGUGGUUUUGGAAUAAGUUUAAAGUGCGGCCUUUAUUUUGUAUGGAAAUGGGUAAGAACAUUUUUUUGUUAAAUACUCUGCCCCUAACCCACAAUAAAGAUAAAGGUACACUUUACUUAUAUUCUUUUGUAAUUUUACUGCAUAAUAACUGCUAAACUUCUACACGUUCCCUUGGACUGGGACGCGUCGAUAGUCUGUUCUUCGAUAACUGACAUUAUCCACGUCAUCUUGCUGUAACUCUGGAUUCAACUAACAAACAUUGUAGACCAGCAAGAUACAUCUCCGAGGCGGUCAAGCAAGAAAAAGAAACGCUCAAAACCAAACCUCUCUGAAGAUGGAUCAUCAUCCAAUGACUUAGUCAUUGUAGAUGAGCCAAGCUCAAACAUGCUAUCCAAAAUAGACCCUAGACUGAAACAAUCAUCUACAAAGACUCCUGUCACACCAGUGACAGCUAACUCAGUUGUGGCCAAUAAGAAACGUAAAAAAAGAGACAGCGCUUCCAGUGAUGAAGAAAGAUGGUUGACAGCCAUAGAGUCAGGAAAAUUAGAAGAUGUUGAUGAUGAAUUGAAAAAGAUUAAACCCAAAGAUCCAGCUUUGAUGACAGCUAGGCAGAGGGCCAUGUAUGACAGAGGAGCAGAAGGGGCUUCAGUUGUUACGCCUACUUUGAUGUCCUUGCCAACUGGGUAUAAAGUAAGAGAAAAAAGUGAUGUACUGCAAGAAGCCAAUCCAAAAAGCAGUCUAUCAAAUCACAAAAAGAAACAAUUGGCUGACGAGAAACGAGAGAAAGAUAAGAAAAAGACAAUGGAAAGGUUGCUCAAAAAGCAAGACUCGAAAGCAACGAAGCAAAUCAAGCCCAAAUCGACCAAAACUUCUGCACCUAGAAUAAUUUACAAGCAAAAUGUGGAUGUAACUUUAAUGGCGUUUCCUGAAGGGCAUGACUUCCCCUUGCAGGCGCAAAGGGCACCAGAGCGCGCCAAAGUCGCGUAUUGUUUUAUGAAUUGUGGAAAUGUGAAGAAAUACUCGUGUCGACGUACUGGGGUGCCACUUUGUAGUCUUGAAUGCUACAAGAAAAAUGUUUCUAGUGUUAUUAGUUGAAUUUCAUAAAAACAUAAGCUAGAAUAAAUUUUGUCUUCCUAUUAAGGCAUUGUGUGUAAAUGUUUUGACAUAUCGCUAUAUGUUCAGGGAGGACAACAGAUUCAGCAUGACUUUUAAAAUACCACUACAUCGUGUAUCAAAAUUGUUUCAACCCAUAAUAAACAUUUCAAAAACAUCAAAUCUACCAAUGCAAGAUGUUACCUCAAAAAGUCAAAAGCUAAUGCUAGAAUUGGGUAUCAUUCAUCAAGCGACCCCAGGAUGUUUUCAUUUUUUGCCAUUGGGGCUUAAAGCCUUGGAUAAGCUUAUAAAAAUAGUAGACAGCGAGAUGCAAACAAUAGGUGGACAAAAGAUGCUUUUCUCUGAACUCACUAACAGUCGACUUUGGAAAAUGAGUGGUAGGCUGAAAGAUGCAGGUCCAGAACUGUUCACGCUGAAAGAUCGACAUAACCAUCACUAUAUCUUAAGUCCUACCUAUGAAGAAGUUGCUAGUGAUCUGCUAUCACUAAAUCCUCCAAUCUCUUACAAGCAUUUUCCUUUGAAAGUAUAUCAAAUUUCAAGUAAGUUCAGAGAUGAAACGAAACCGAGAUAUGGACUGAUGAGAGGUAGAGAAUUUUUGAUGAAAGAUAUGUACAGUUUUGACAUUGAUGAAACUAGCGCAAAGGAUACAUACAAUGAGAUUUGUACUAGCUAUGAUAAGAUAUUCGAUAGGAUAGGAAUUGACUAUGUAAAAGUUUUAGGCGAUUCAGGAAGCAUUGGUGGAAAUCUGUCACAUGAAUACCAAUUCAAGGCACCUAUAGGAGAAGACUGUAUCAUCACUUGUAAUAAAUGUAAUUUUUCUGCUAACUCUGAGGUUUGCCAUGAAAAGAAAUGCCCAAACUGUGGUGAGCAAGAGAAUGUGUUAGUCCAAACUGGUAUAGAAGUAGGUCAUACAUUCUUACUAGGUGACAAGUAUUCUAAACCUCUGAAAGCAUUUUAUUUGGGCAAAAAUGCAAAGCCACAGGUUUUGCAAAUGGGCAGCUAUGGUUUAGGACUCAGCAGAAUUUUAGCUGCUUGUGUAGAAUUACUGUCAACUGAGACCGAUAUAGCUUGGCCUGAUGUGUUAGCACCUUAUAAUGUUGCUAUCAUCCCUCCAAAGGCGGGAAGCAAAGAAGAGCAAGUUACAAAAGAUGUUCCUGAAAAUCUAUAUAAACUUCUCGAGGAUAGUAUACCACAGCUUAAAGAUAACGUAUUGUUAGACGACCGGCUGUCAUUGACAAUUGGCAGGCGAUAUUUAGAUGCAAAAAGGACAGGUUACCGUUAUAUAGUGGUUAUAAAUGAAAAAAGUAGUGGUGAAAAACCAACGUUUGAAAUGAACGAUACUAAAGAGACUGACAGGUUAUACUUAAGUCAAGAGGAACUGAUUGAAUACGUUAAGCAAAAUACGAAGUUUUAAUCAAUAAAGUGUUAAAACAAUUAUA